AUGAGGUGGAACAACAACACCUCUGGCUUUGUCCUUAGGUGGAUGGCUCAGCUUGUUAGUGAUGGUAGUAGGCCUGACAAAGUCUUCAAGGAUAAGGAUGUUAAGCAUGUUGCCAAAGCCCUUAAGGAGUACAGUGGGGAGGCAGUGAGCCCAACUCAGGUGUAUAGCCACCUAAGGAAGUGGAGGCAGAAGUGGUCUAGGGUAUGUAAGCUCAAGGACCUAAGUGGGGCACUUUGGGAUAGUGACACUAAUGCUAUCAUGCUUGAGCAGGAGCACUACCUUGGCCACUACAAGAUAGAGCUUUGUUUUCUUUCUUAUGUGUCCUUGUACCUAUCUUUCCAUUACUUGUCUAAAACUGUACCCUUUCCCCCCCCCCCCUUACUGCAGGACCAUCCUAAAGAUGUAGAGUUUCUAAACUGUCCUAUAAGGUUCUACACUGAGAUGGAGUCCACCUUUGGCCAUGCUAUGGCCACUGGUAGGUUUGCACUUGCUUCUGGUGAAGCCCUAGGGGCCAACCAGGCUGAGAGUGUUGCUGCUAAUGUAGAGGGUCCUUCCUCUACCCAUGUUCCUGCUGAGAAGAACCACACUGAUGUAGGAUGUAGCAGCAAGGCCACAGAGCUCCUCUCCUCAGCUAUGGGUGCAAAGAGGAAGAGAGGGAACUUCAGCGGGGAUGAAAUGCUUAUGUUGACCAAUAUGUCUGAUGAUGUCAACAAUGUUGCCAAUGCUCUUAGGGAGACUGGACCAGCCCAUGUUGAUGUUGAUGUCUACCUUGUUGUGAUGGAGAUGCUUGGUUUUACUGAGGAGGCACUGAUAGUGGCCUACACCUACCUACUGAACUACAAGGCCCAAGGCAGGGGCUUUGUUGGCAUGAGUGACAACCAUAGGGACAUUUGGCUCAGGAACUACCUAGUCAAGAACUACUACAUGUAG